CUUCUGGCAUUUAUCAUUCAUUGUUCUAUUCUUUUGUGAUAUCAUGGACGUAUGCUGAUAUACACUUGGUUACUUGUAUUCUCUGUCUAACAUAUCUGAAAAGAUAAUAAUAAUAAGUUGGUUUGUUCAACGGACAUAUUUAUUUAUAUAUACAUUCAUCAAUAUAACAUUUAUUUAAAAUAAUAUCACGAAUUCUCAAAUGAUUGAUAUGACCGAAACAACAACUAUGAAAACAACUACUACCAAUUAUACUAAUCCUAUUGAACCAACUGUAAUCAAUACUACUGAUAAUAAUAGUAACAAUAAUACUGAUAUUUCUUUUCAGCAUUCUAGAAACAUUAUUAAUGAAAAAACUGAUGAUGAUAAUAUUAAGGCUGAUAACGUCGAUAAUGAUGAUGAAGAUCGUAAUGAUGAUCAGAGUAAAACUGUAAUUCAUAUACUACGAUGUAAACAUUGUAAUUUCGAAUCAAUAUUACGUUCACGUUUCGAUAGACAUUUACCAUGUUCACAACAAAUGGACACUUAUCAAUUAUAUACAUGUUCAAUAUGCUUUACCAGUUCAACAUCAAAAUUAAUUAUGGAUGAACAUAGAAGAGUGCAUCAUUUGAAUACCAGUAAAAAUAUAAUCAUUGAAACCAUUGAACCAUUUAUAAAAGACAAUAUAGAUAAUCAAACUACAUCAAAUGUAUCUAUUCAAAAUCCUUCUAGUAAAUUAUCCAUAUUGAAUAAUGAUUUACAGAAUACUUCAAUGACUUCAUCAACAAUUAAUCAUUUUUCUCCAACCAUAACAUUAUCACAUAAUGAUAAUAAAGUAUUAAAUUAUUCUAAUCUAAUGAAUAUUGUACAAAAUCAAUCAUUUAAUCCAAUCAAAUGUUUUUAUAAUAAUAUAGAACAAAUAUAUGAAAGUAAACAACAACAACAACAUCAGCAAUCACCAUCAUCUCAACAUUCACAUUCUCAUUAUCAACAAGAUGAUCAGAAAGUAUCACAAAUUAUUGAUUUCACACCAUUUGUAGAUCCAAAACAUUAUGAUACAAAUUUAUUAGAUUUCAAUCAGAUUAAUAAUUAUAAUCAUAAUCCUUUUGGUAAUGAUACAAUUCUAUCAGGCUUGCACUUAACAUCAUCAUCAUCACCAUCAUCAUCAUCAUUAUCAUCAUUACAACAAACACCAGUGAAUUGCAUCACAGGGAUUAAUUCAACAAGUCAAUGGAUGUUUUCACAUAAUCAUUCAUUAAUACAAUGUUUUAUUUGUCGUCAGCCUAUAAUAAAUACCAGUGGAAAUGAUGAUGGGAUUGGUAGUGGUAAUAGUGUAAUUGAAAAUCUUGUCAAACAUUUAACAAUUACACAUAUGUUACCAUUACCAAUUGUUAUGAAUUAUGUAAUAGCAUAUAUGACUGAGAAAUUCACUGAAUAUAACCCAAUUGAUAUAAGAAAUAAUAAAGUUAAUAAUAAUGAUAAUUCUAUUAUUGAGUCUAUAACAACAUCACAUACUACUGUCAAUACAAAUGAUACUACUGUUACUAAUAAAAAUAGUCUAAAUACACAAAAGUUUGUAAAUAAAUUAAAUAUUGAUCCAUCAUGGAAUAAUGUUUAUAGUAGUGAGAAUGAUUUACCUUUUAAUAUACCGAAUGUCUUGUACAAAGAUUGUAAAUUAAAUCAAUGUGAAGCUGAGAAUUUGGAAAAUUUCUCUUUAAAAGUUCCAUUACAUAUAAAACCACCACCGCCACCACAAUCACAACCACUUCCAUUGACAUCAGUCAUACAACCAUCAUCGGGCACUGGAUAUGAUCUUCACGAACAUGUUAACAAAAAUUGUUGGAUAUGUCCACAAUGUAAUAUACAGUUUAAUAAUUUUCAACAAUUUCAUUUACAUUUUACACAAAAUCAUAAUUCAUUAUUAUCAGAUCCGAAUUUGUUCAAUUUCACUGAAGGCAAUUUAUUCAAUAAUAAUAAUAGUAGUAGUAGUAAUAAUAAUAAUAAUAGUAACAGUUCAAAUUCAUUAUUAUCACCACAAAUGUUAUUGUCAGCGAUUCAACCGAAAUCGAUUAACACAGCAAUGAUCAAUCGUUCAUUGGCUACUGGAAAUAAUAAUAGUACCGAAAAUAUAUCCCUGAUGCCUGUAAUUAAUGAGGUAUUGAAUGAUUGUAGUGAUUGGUUAAGAAAUUAUAAUCAAACUCAUAAAAAUACAAAUGAAUUCAAUUUAUUAACUAAUACAUCUAUGGUUCAAACAAAUUUCGCAGCAUUGGCAGCCGCUACAGUAGCUGCAUAUGGAUGUUUGCCUGGAUCAAAAAAAUAUGAACAAUUACAUAAUACAACAUCAAUGAAUGAGUUUGAUUCGAAUCUCUUCGGUUUAUCGACUUCAUCAACUGAAAUGAUGAAUACUAUUAGUUCACCUAUUGAAAUAUUAAACAGUACUUCUACGAUUACUACAUCUACCCCUUGUAAUCUUAGUACUACUAGUAGCAUCAACAGUAGCAUUUGUAGUAGUAUUAGUAGUAGUACUGAUAUGACUAUGAGAAACAUUCGAAGUCAAAUGAAUAUAACCGAACAGAAGAGAAGAUUGAAUGAAUCCCUACAUGCAUGUAAACCAUAUUUGUCCGAAGCGAAACGCACAAAAUGUGAAGAGAAUGAAAACCAUAAUAUUGAAGUAAUUGGAUUGACUAGUCAAAAACAAGAUGAAAAUAAUAACAAUUUUUGGAAACUACUCAAUUUAUUUCCACAUUUCCCAAUGUUAUGGCCUCCUUCCUCAGUUUCUAGUUUUGGUCCUAUUUCCUCCUCAUCAUCAUCAUCAUCAUCGUUAUUAAAAUCUUCGUAUAAUGAAUUAAACAAUAACGAGUUAUGGCAAAAGUAUGCUAAGCAUACAAUUCAGUUAUUAGAGAAAAAUCAAACAUUAUUUAAUAAUAAUAAUAAUAUUACCACUAAUACUACUACUAAUGAUAAUGGCAAUAAUAAUAAUACUCCUUUUACUAAUCGAAUACCAGAGAUCAAUGACAUGAAUGGUUCAUCAACAAGAAACAAGUUAAAAUUAAACAUUGAACAUUUCAACAGUCAUAGCAACAAUCGAAUAGUUACAUCAUCACCACAGAUUGAAUUAACUAUAUCAAAUAAUAAUGAUAAUAAUACAAGUAUUAAUCUUUCUACAACUAUUACCAAUACUAAUAAUAUAACAACAAUCAAUAAAAAUGAUAAUCAUUGGAAUGUUAAUACUAUACCAGUUUGUUCAACUUUCUAUCAUACUCCACAAACAUGUUCAUUUGAAUAUAAUAAUAAUAAUAAUAAAUUAAACAAUGAACAAGAAACUAUUGACAAGUUAACUCCAUUGGAAUCGGAAAAUCUUAUUCAUCAUUCAAAUGAUCAUAUUGAUCAUAGUCCAAUUCAACAUCAUGCAAAUAAUACAAUGAAUUGUAAUGUUAAUAAUAGUACAUGUAGUAGUGUGUCGAAUGAAUUAUAUGAUCAAAAUUUACCAUGUACUACACCGGAACAACAACAACAACAAGCACAUUCAACUACUAAUACUACUACUACUACUUCUACUAGUAGUACAAUACAUAUUAAUGGUGCUGUACAUAAUACAUUGAGAAAAACACGUUCUGAUAUGAAAGUAAUACAUAGAUAUUUAAUACAAAUUAAACAUGAUACACGAGAAAUUCAUCAAAUACCUUGUCAUGAAUUAGACAGUUAUAUACAAGACUUUGUACUUACCGCGAAAAAGAAAGAUGGACACGAAUAUGAACCGGAAUCAUUGAAAGCAUUUGUACAUUCACUGGAAAGACAUUUAAAACAUCAUGGCUAUUCACAUUCAGUGCUUAAAGGUAAUGCAUUCGCUGGAACACGAUCUGUGUUGAAUCAACGUUUAAAUGAAUUACGUGCACUCAGUCGAUCUGGUGUAUCAACUAAUGGUGCAUAUGCCUAUUCAUCAAAUGGUGCCAAUAAUCAUAAUAACAGUAAUAAACGUGUAUCGGGAGUUGGCAAUGAUUCAACAUCAGAGAACAGACCAAUUAAUUAUACAAGAAAGCAUAAUUCUAAUCCAAAUGGAUUAUCUUCAGCUGAACUACUUCAAGCUCGUAUACUUGGUACAGAUAAUCCUCAGGCAAUACUGAAUAGUUUAUGGCUUAUGAACAGAACUCAAUUCAAUAUUGGCGGUACACAAAGACACCGAAAUUUAGUUUGGGGUCAAUUUCAACUGAUCACUGAUGAUAAUGGAAUUAAAGCAAUUAAAUUCACUCCAUUGUUUGAAUCUGCUGAAGUACGUUAUUGUCGUGGUUAUGGUGGAACACGUGGUGGUGCUGCAAAUCAUGAUCCAUUAGCAAAAACACAACCACUUAGUUGUACUGGUAGUGCUAAACGUCAACCUCUUCCAUUCAAUUGUGUUGAAUUAUUUGAAAUAUAUGCUAAUUUACGACCAUUAGAAGCUCGUGGUGUUUCUGAGCCAUUCUAUCUAUGUCCAGAUAUUAAUUGGGAUCAAAAUAAUCAAAAUGGAAUUUGUAAUAGUUGGUUUAAAACAAAUGCAGCUGGAUCACAAUUAUUAUCACGUAUACCACGUUCACUUGGUUUGAAACCUUCUAAAGAGCCAAUUUCAAUAUCUGGUAUAAAUUCAUCUAAUAUACACAAAUUACAAACAUCGAAUUCAUUGAUUCCUAAUGAAAUAAAAGAUUCUGAUAGAUUAUUUACAGAUCAUUGUAAUCAAAUCUUGUCAAAUUUAUCAAAUUAUCGAGAUAUUUAUCAGAUACAAUCACAAAAUAACACUAUCACUAAUGAUCAUCAUCAUAAUAAUAAUAGUCAUAGCAACAAUUAUUAUUUCAAUAAUCUUAGUCGUUCAAUAUCCAAUAACAAUUUAAUUUCACAGAAUUUAUUUAAUUUUUUCCCCUUUCUAUUUCCACCAACACCAUCAUCAUCAGCAGCAGCAGCUACCAUAACAACAACAACAACGGCAACAACCUUAGCAUCAUCGGUGGAUGAGCAAAGCUUAACUUGUCAUUCAUUAUUGAAUGCAUCAAUUCCAUUACCUAGUAUUCUGCAAAAUUUAAAUUCUAGUUUAUUUCAACAAACGUUUAAGGAGAAUGUCUCAACGAUUCGUGAAGAGUAUAAUAAUAGUAAUAUUGAUAAUAACAAUAGUAAUAAUAAUAAUAAUAACAAUAAUAAUAAUAGUGAUAAUUUUCCAUUUUCACAUGAACAGUUUGAAGAAGAACAGUGUGGACACAAUUCGACUCGGAAUAAAAUUUCUUCACCAACAACUGGAGAUGAAGAUGAUGAUAGUAGAGGAGAAGGAGGACAAAUCGAUGUAAAUGAAGGAGAUGAACUAGAAGUAGACGAUGAGGAAACGCAAAAUAUUAAAAUAAUUAAUUCAAAUUGUUUUUCUCCAACAUUAGAAACUGAACCAGAAAUUGAAAAUUUAUCAACAUUAGAUGAUAAUUCAUCGAAAUUACUCACAAAAUUAUCUUCAACAAUUAGAAAUGAUCUACUCCAUUCUCCUGAUAGAAAUGAACAAUAUGAAUCUGUUGUAAAUAGUUCACAUCAUUCAAAAUCAUUAUCUUCAUCCUCGUGUUUAUCUUCAUCAUCUCCUUCUUCUGCUUCUUCAUGUUCAUCUUCAGCAGACAUUGGAACAUUUAAUCGAAAAACCCAUCAUCACCGUCAUCAUCAUCGUCAUCCUCACCACCCCAACCAUCAAAGUCAUAGUCAACGAUUUGAAAUAAAAUCAACUCGUCCAUCAUAUCAACAGGUAGAUGAUUUCAACUGUAGACUAACAGAUAAUUACAACAAAGAGCACUGGUCAUCAUCGGAGUCAUCAUCAUCAUCAUCACCAUCACCUCGUUUAACAACACCUUUAUCGACAACAGUAACUAAUACAACUAUAUCAAUUGCAUCAUCAUUAUUAUCAACAACACCUUCAUCAACACCAUUAAUCAAAAGUACAACAUCAAUAUUAGCUCGAUUCAACAAAAUUGCAUAAUUGAAUACAAUAUAAACUUGAAUAUAGAAGUUUUUUUUAAUAACAACAUUGUGUAUUACUCUUCAUUUCACUUGUCAAAGUAAAAUUUCAAUUUUACAAAACAAAACAAAUCUGUUUACUGUAAAUGAAUCAAUGGAUUAUUUGAGUUUAUAAUGUGUUAUUAUUAUUAGUAGUAGUAUAAGACAGAUUGAAAAUAAUUAGGAAUUUCAUGUGUUUUCUUUUUUCUCUCUCUCUCUCUCAUUUACUUCCUUUUAUAUUUGUACAUACAAAAAUCAUCACUCGCACACACACACACACAGACCCAUGUAUCUCACUUUCUUUUACUUCAAACGAUAGGUAAUCCAUUUACUAUCUAUCUAUUAUGACAAUAUGUAUUAGUAUUCAUGAUAUAUUUGUGAUGAUUUUUAACAAUAAUUCAUUAUAAGAGAGUAGAAUGAAAGGGAAACGCACACAAUUUCUUUUUUGUUUUGCACACUUUUACAAUUUUCAUAAGUAUCAAUAUCAAGCAUAUUCUAUUUAAGUAGUAUCUUCAUUAUAAAAGUUAAAAUUAUUAUAAUGAAUACAAGUAUUAGUAUUAAAUAGACUUUUAUUGUUACAUUAUUGAUUAGUAUUACUAUUAAUAGACUUUCUCGAACUACUGCUUACCCUCCCCCCCUCAAGUGGGCAAAAAAUACAUGAUACUACUUUUAUGAUUAUUAAAAUGCAUGUACAAUUGUAUACUUUCUACCCCUAAUUAACUUUUCCUCCCUCUUCACAACCCCCUCCCCCUCAAAAAAGACCCUGUUUUCUUCAUCUUAUUGGAAUAAAUUGUUUAACAGUUAGUAAUACUAUUACUAC